AUUCCAGCGCAACCAUUAGAUUAAAGUCUGGAGAAGACUGGUCUAUUGAUUGCCCAGUGGAUAUUGGAAACCCCCCUGCAGUCAUCACGUUGUACAAAGGAAAUCAUGCCGAUUGCAAUAAAAUUGCCAUCAACUCGACUUUGAAGGUUCAGAAUGCUUCUUCAAGUGAAGAAGGACGGUAUACCUGUUUUGCGAAAAAUGCACUGGGAAAUACAACUAUCAGUUUGUUACUACUGGUUGUCAAACCAGCAUCGAGUACAGUUUCCACUCCAUUCCAAACAACUCCCGCAGAAAGCACAGAAGUUUACCUGACAGCGACAAUACAGGGGAACUGUAGCAGACGUUCAGAAGUCGCUGCAAAAUUUCCAGAAAUGGCUUGUCGAAUUGCCUUUCGGUUUGGCUGCUCAUCCGCUAACGCUGUAAACUCUAGGUGUGGCAGUGUUGUUCUCGACUUCAUGAUGAGGCUCAAUCAAAGUGUAGUCGUGAGUCAUCUGUUGACCCUCCUGUCGGAUACUGCAAGGCAAGACAAAUUCGGAGUUUUUAAAGUCGAUCCGGACUCAAUUAAACAAGUUUUUAUACCCAGAGACAGCUUGGGAAGCACAACAAAGGGUCCUGAGGAAUGUAACUGCCGAUCUAACAACGUCUUGUUUGCCAUAAUUGGGAUUCUUGCCUUCAUAAUCCUUCUUCUAGUGAUUUACAUAAUCUGGCUACACAGGAAAGGCGCUGUUGGGAAACAGAGGACUUAUGAAGAUGAAAGAGGUGUUUACGACAAUGAAUUACGAUUAGAAGAUAUCGAACCAAGUCAGCCCGAUUCAAGAAAACCUACACAACCUUCUGCAGAUUACAUGGAUCUCAGGGAGGCUAGCAGAGAUAACAGAAAAGCACCAAGUGCCGCUCCAGGUGUUGAUUACACGCCUCUUCAUCCAUUAACACGCUCCUGGGAAGUUCCAAGAGAUCACGUGACCAUAGAAAAGAUCAUUGGUAAAGGUUCUUUUGGUCAGGUUGCCAAAGGAACAGCAGUAGGACUUCGAGGGAGGCCUGAAACGACCACAGUGGCUAUUAAGAUGCUUAAACCUAACGCUGCUGAAUUAGACAAGAGAGAUUUGAUGAAAGAACUUGAAACAAUGACGCAGCUGAAACCACAUCCUUUCGUCAUUAAGCUUCUGGGUUGUGUUACGGAGUCUGAGCCACUGUUGGUUUUGAUUGAAUAUGUGGCUUUUGGGGAUCUGCUGGGUUACCUGAGAAAGAGCCGCGGAUUAAAGGACACAUACUACAAAGACCCAAAUAUCAAACCACAAACAAAUCUGACGUCACAGCAGCUAAUGAAGUUUGCCUGGCAAAUCGCAGAUGGAAUGAGUUAUUUGUCCUCAAAAUCUAUCAUCCACCGAGACCUCGCAGCGCGUAAUGUGUUGGUUGGACAAAAGGAAGCGUGCAAAGUGACAGACUUUGGAAUGGCCAGAGAUGUGCAGGAGGAAAAUAUUUAUGAACGAAAGACUAAGGGCCGUCUUCCCGUGAAGUGGACUGCUUAUGAGGCCUUGUUGUACGGAAAAUAUACCACCAAAAGUGACGUUUGGAGCUUUGGAGUUGUGCUUUACGAGAUUUUUACCAUAGGUGGUUCAACUUACCCAAAAAUGGAUGGAAGAAAAAUUGCAAACUUACUUCAGGAGGGAUACAGGAUGCCUAAACCACAACACGUAGAUGAAAAAUUGUAUCAGAUAAUGAUGAAAUGCUGGAAAAAUGACUCGGAAGCAAGACCAACAUUCACUGAAUUGAAAAAUCAGCUCAAGAACAUGGAAACCCAACAUAAGAGGCUAAUCAACAUGAGUAUGUACGACAAGCAAUUGUAUGCAAACGUCGAGGAUUUAACGGUGUAGUUUGAUGCACGUCCCCGGUGUAAGAUCGGCUAACGGUUUGAACAAUUUGCCGCAACAAGUUUCGGGGACUAAUCAUCUUUGCAUUGAACGAUUACGUUGUUCUUUUUAUAUUCUUAAACGGUGAACCGCUAUUAUAUUUUUUCAGUCGCUUUACCGAUAAAGUAUGCUCUCGUAUUUUUCGUUAACUUGUUCAGCACUUACACGUAUGCUUGACUUAAUUAAGCGUUUGUGAUCGGUUUAUUUCAAGCUAAAUUCCGAAAGGCAGGAAAGCGUUCUGACAUCAGAUGACGCGUUUUGAUAUCUUUGUACUGUAACCGUACCUUCCAAGAAAGAAUCGCAUUUACCAGAUUGAUCUCGCUCGGAAGCCCUUAGUUGUGUAAAUUUUUUAGUUAACUUUAAGGAACUGUUUUGCCGCGACACCCGCCUGUUUGGAGGAAAGCUAUAUUGCGCAUAUUAUUGCUUUCCAAAGCCUAUAUUUGUUUGUGAUACCCACUCGAAAUACUUUUACACUGAAAUUAUUAGAAGUAUUAGUAAAAUGAGCAGAAUUCUUUUUAAAACUAUAUUUGGCACGUUACUUCUGCACGAUAGUAUGUUAUUUGGCCAAAAAGCCCGGUGGUUUUAGCAUACCAGAUACUACUUAUCUUCUGGUCCUAGAUACGAGUUUAAGCCUUUUUUUCUAGGACACGAUGCUAAUUUGGUAUUUUUAUGAUAAAAUAGUUCGAAAAGUUAGGAGUUGACCCUGUCUGCAUGAUUACGCUAUACAGAAGUUCAAUACAUUUUUCACUUUAAAGACAUCAAUCUGGUGUAAGCAUAUUUCUUAAUUUCUUUGUCUCACUGAAGUUUCUGUAGAAAUGCGUAGUAGAGCUAUUUCCUUUUGUACUGAGAAAGCAUUCCUAUUGUGCGAUUUUAGAAACAAUGGCAUUCAGAUACUUAGAUAUGCAAAAUGGCAAUAUUAUGACUCAUACUGCGGCAUGGGUAUGAGACUUAGGGUCCAUCGUAGAACCGAAAACGUAAGAGUCGCAGGCCUUAUUUUCUACCCACUAGAUAAAUAGAGGAUAUUAGA